AGAAAGCUGCGCUUCCGGUAGUAAACUACCAAAGCUUCAUAACAACGUCACGUUAUCAUUUGGAUAGAGACAGGUCAGUUAAUUAUUUCCACUGACAUUUGAAGUCUGUUCAUCGGUUUUACGUGCCAUGUUUUUGACGCUGCACGGAGGACACUGAUCAUAUAACGCAGUUGAACACAAGUCCAAUCGUUCUACCGGGUCGCUUCAGUAUGUUGUGCCGAGCUGUGGUUGUCAGCAGUGGGCAGAGGGUGUUGCGGUACCUCCGUGUAGUGCGGUUUGUGACCCAGUGUGGUACACGUACUAACGUCACCUACAUACAAGGCCAGAGCCCCGAACCGCGCAUUCGGGAAUACUUCUACUACAUUGACCACCAAGGACAGGUGAAUGUCUUACACAAACAAUUACAACUAAACAGUGAAAUUAGUUUGUUGCAGUGAUCAGCUAACUAAACUUCUAUUUUUACCACAGCUCUUCCUUGAUGACACUAAAAUGAAAAACUUUGUCACGUGCUUCAAAGGUAUUUAAAGUACACACACACACACACACAGAGAGAGAGAGAGAGAGCGCAGUCUACCUCUUUCCAGACAUAAAAAUGACCCUCUUACAAAGGUAACAUUGACAUGAAACUAGACAACCUGUUGGAUAUCUUAUUAUCUCUGCCCAUGGCUAUAUAUGAGAUAUGCUGUGGUGGCCUUCAUUAUUCAGUGUUCAUACUCUGUAGUAAACAUGAUUAUCCCAUCUACUACACAAGCUGAGCCUCGGUAUAGUCUUAUGUCAUGUGCCGACCAUUACUGUAAGUGUGGGGGGUUGCCUGCUUCCCUUAUAACAUCACAUAACACCCCCUCUGUUUGGCGUUCAACUCCCACCUAGAGAGCAUAUGGAAGUGAUGUAGUGUACGCUCAGGGUUAAGGCCAGAACCUGUACUCAAUGUUCUGCAAUCUUAGUUAGCAGAACAUUGAGCACCCUAAUGGUGCACCCUAUCCCCUAUAUAGUGCACUAAUUUUGACCUGGGCCCAAAAGUAGUGCACUAUGUAUGGAAUAGGGUGCCAUUUGGGAUGCAAUUUUAAAUGUGGAUAAACUGUUGCUUCUGUUGUACAGCAUUCAGGCAUACAUGCUGCACAUAUUGGGGAACACACUAUAAAGUUGUAUGAAAAGGUUUGGGCACCCCUCUGAGGCUGCAUAAUAAUUUACUCUGUCGUCACAGAAAAUGAUCACAGUGGCAUGCCAUUAAUUUUCUAAUAAAAGCUGAGUAUUGGGGUAUUGUCCAGACAAAGAUUUUUAGUGUAGUAAUAUUAAUUUGUAUUAAAUUAAAUCAGAUGUGAAAAAUAGGCUAUGCAAAAAUUUGGCCACCCUUGUCAUUCUGUUGAUUUGAAUACCUGUAACUACUUAGCACUGAACACUCAAUUGGUUUGGUGAGCUCAUUAAGCCUUGAACUUCAUAGACAAGUGCAUCCAAUAAUGAGAAAAGGUAUUUAAGGUGGCCAAUUGCAAGUUGUUGUUCUCUUUGACUCUCCUCUGAAGAGUGGCAACAUGGGGGCCUCAAAACAACUCUCAAAUGACCUGAAAACAAAGAUUGUUCAACAUUAUGGUUUAGGGGAAGGCUACAAAAAGCUAUCGCAGAGUGUAAGCUGUCAGUGUCCACUGUGAGGAACAUAGUGAGGAAAUGGAAGACCAAAGGCACAGUUCUUGUUAAGGCCAGAAGUGGCAGGCCAAGUAAAAUAUCGGAGAGGCAAAGGCGAAGGAUGGUGAGAACGGUCAAAAACAGCCCACAGACCACCUCCGAAGACCAACAACAUCAUUUUGCUGCAGAUGGUGUCACUGUGCAUCGUUCAACAAUUCAGCGCACUUUGCACAAGAAGAAGCUGUACGGGAGAGUGAUGCGGAAGAAGCCUUUUCUGCACACACGCCACAAACAGAGUCGCUUGAGGUAUGCAAACGCACAUUUGGACAAGCCAGCUUCAUUUUUGAAUAAGGUGCUGUGGACUGAUGAAACAAAGAUUUAGUUAUUUGGUCAUAACAAGGGGCGUUAUGCAUGGCGGCAAAAGAACACAGCAUUCCAAGAAAAACACUUGCUACCCACAGUAAAAUUUGGUGGUGGUUCCAUCAUGCUGUGGGGCUGUGUGGCCAGUGCCGGUACUGGGAAUCUUGUUAAAGUUGAGGGUCGCGUGGAUUCCACUCAAUAUCAGCAGAUUCUUGGGAAUAAUGUUGAAGAAUCAGUCACAAAGUUGAAGUUACGCCGGGGCUGGAUAUUUCAACAAGACAACGACCCAAAACACUGCUCAAAAUCUACCCGGGCAUUUAUGCAGAGGAACAAGUACAAUGUUCUGGAAUGGCCAUCCCAGUCCCCAGACCUGAAUAUCAUUGAGAGUCUGUGGGAUGAUUUGAAGCGGGCUGUCCAUGCUCGGCAACCAUCAAACCUAACUGAACUGGAGAUGUUUUGUAAGGAGGAAUGGUCCAAAAUACCUUCAUCCAGAAUCCAGACACUCAUUAGAGGCUAUAGGAAGCGUCUAGAGGAUGUUAAUUUAGCAAAAGGAGGCUCUACUAAAUAUUGAUGUGAUUUCUCUGUUGGGGUGCCCAAAUCUAUGCACCUGUCUAAUUUCGUUUUGAUGCAUAUUGCACAUUUUCUGUUAAUCCAAUAAACCUAAUUUCACUACUGAAAUAUUACUGUGUCCAUCAGUUAUUUGAUAGAUCAAAAUGAAAUUGCUAAUCCAAACACCCAAUUAUUUAUAAAUGGAAAUCAUGGAAAUUGUCAGGGGUGCCCAAACUUUUUAAUACGACUGUAUAUACAAAAGUAUGUGGACACCCCUUCAAAUUAGUGGAUUCAGCUAUUUCAGCCACACCCGUUGCUGACAGGUGUACAAAAUCGAGCACACAGCCAUGCAAUCUCCAUAGACAAACAUUGGCAGUAGAAUGGCCUUACUGAAGAGCUCAGUGACUUUCAACGUGGCACCGUCAUAGGAUGCCACCUUUCCAAAAACUCAGUUCAUCAAAUUUCUGCCCUGCUAGAGCUGCCCCGGUUAACUAUAAGUGCUGUUAUUGUGAAGUGGAAACGUCUAGGAGCAACAACGGCUCAGCCGCGAAAUGGUAGGCCACACAAGCUCACAGAACGGGCCCGACGAGUGCUGAUGCGUGUAAAAAUCGCCUGUCCUUGGUUGCAACACUCACUACCGAGUUCCAAACUGCCUCUGGAAGCAACGUCAGCACAAUAACUGUUCGUCGGGAGCUUCAUGAAAUGGGUUUCUAUGGCCGAGCAGCCGCACACAAGCCUGAGAUCACCAUGCGCAAUGCCAAGCGUCGGCUGGAGUGGUGUAAAGCUCGCCACCAUUGGACUCUGGAGCAGUGGUAACGCGUUCUCUGGAGUGAUGAAUCACGCUUCACCAUCUGGCAGUCCAACGGAUUAAUCUGGAUUUGGCGGACACCAGGAGAACGCAAUCUGCCCGAAUGCAUAGUGGCAACUUUAAAGUUUGGUGGAGGAGGAAUAAUGGUCUGGGGCUGUUUUUCAUGGUUUGGGCUAGGCCCCUUAGUUCCAGUGAAGGGAAAUCUUAACGCUACAGCAUACAAUGACAUUCUAGACGAUUCUGUGCUUCCAACUUUGUGGCAACAGUUUGGGGAAGGCCCUUUCCUGUUUCAGCAUGACAAUGCCCCCGUGCACAAAGCAAGGUCCAUACAGAAGUGGUUUGUCGAGAUUGGUGUGGAAGAACUUGACUGGCCUGCACAGAGCCCUGACCUCAACUCCAUCAAACACCUUUGGAAUUGGAAAGCUGACUGUGAGCCAGGCAUAAUUGCCCGACCUCACUAAUGCUCUUGUGCCUGAAUGGAAGCAAGUCCCCGCAGCAAUGUUCCAACAUCUAGUGGAAAGCCUUCCCAGAAGAGUGGAUGCUGUUAUAGCAGCAAAGGGGGGACCAACUCCAUAUUAAUGCCCAUGAUUUUGGAAUGAGAAGUCUCCACAUACAUUUGGUCAUGUAGUGUGUUUUGAGAGCAGGAGCAGUGUUAUCAAGGCUAAGUGUAGUUAGUCUAACUUUAUUUAUAGUAAGAAUGACCUCUUAUUGUGUGUUAUGCAGUGGAUGUGUUUCUAUUUUCCACAAGUUCCCCUUGUGGUUCCCAUUGUGAAACCAGAUUGAUCUCUGCGCUCACGUUUUGUUUCACUCACCCCCAUCUCACUCUCUCUCCCCCUUCUACCCCAUCACUCUCCCCCCUCUCUUUCUUUCUUUCUCUCUCUCUCUCUCUCUGUUUGCAGAUAAGCACUUCCUGGUGUUCUUCUUCACCCGUCUCCGUAGGAACGAGAGUGGGCGGUACCAGGACCACUUCCCCUUCCUGUCCCUGUGUGGCCGCGAGAGGAACUUCCUGCGCUGUGACGACCGUCCGCUGGUGUUCACCCACCUGAUGCCCGCCACUGGGGGUACAGUCAAUCAACCAAUUAAUCACUCAGUCAAUCAACCAAUCAAUCACAUUUAUUUAUAAAGCCAUUUUACAUCAUCAGAUGUCACAAAGUGCUUUUGCAGUAACCCUGCAUAAACCACAAAGAGCAAGCAGAAGCUAGGACAAACUGUCUGUCCUACCGGUACAGGGACGGAGACCGCUGGGGGUACGGUGACAGAGGUGGGGACAGGAGGAGCCCCAGAGCUGCUGUCGUUCUGUUGGGGUGGUGACAAGCUGGCCGUCCAGUUCCGUCCAGAGUCUCUCUACAUGCAUCCUGGGACUGGGCGUGUCUACCACCCCUGCUCCGAGCGCCUGGGGGGCGUCGGCCUGGUGCGCUCCACCCUCGCCAUCGAGCUCAGCCCUUUCUUCCUGUACCCACCUGAACAACGCCAAUCAGAACAGCCCACACACUUCCUGUGGGCGGGACAACAGCACACACUAACCAAUGAACUGGCAGGAUGUUUCCCCCCGGAGGAGGGAGGGAUGGGCUGA